CGUAUCGUCGGGCCGUGCGUUUUGCACCGAUUCGGGUGGUCAAAUUUCAAAGUGCUUGCUUAUCGGAGAUCAAGAACUGAGAAAAAAAAAAUGACCCGUGGAAAUCAACGUGAACUAGCACGAGCCAAGAAUUUGAAAAAAACCGUAAAGAAGGCAGCGUCGGAACAAGACAGCAAUAAAGGUCUUUCCUUAGAACAACGUAAAGCACGCGACGCGGAACGAAUGAGAGAGAAACAACUUAAGAAACAGCAGGGUGAACCAGCAGAUAAGUCGAAGCAGGCAGCGAGAUAAUUCGACGCGAAAAGUGUAUAAAUUUUUAUGAUAAGAACGGCUAUAUCACGUAACCAAUGGCUACGCUAAAAAGAUUCAUGACUGUAAGAUACAUAUAUGUCGAUGAGUACCGGAGACAGAAAAAUGAAUCACUAUGUCUUUGAUGUUAGAGAAUUUUUCCAUUGUCGGCCGUACGCAGGUAUGUCAAUCGUAUGACAUACCUCAGGACCUAGCCUCAAUUAUCUUGUUAUUUACACGUUGCUCACGAUACAGUUAUAAUCAGUGU